AAAAACUCGUUGGUGGAUAAUUUACAAAAGUUUAAUGGUGAGAAUGAGGUCAAACGUAGACCAAGAUCUCGCGAGAUUUCGCAUGUCUGAUGCUCAGGCAGAGUCCGUGAACGGAGUCAGUCAAUGUGGGACGGAGUUUUGCCUGUUAGUUAGUGGAGUAGGAGGGAGAACGAGCCGUUGACUUGACACAGGGUUUGCUUGAAAUCAGUUCGGAGAGCAAGAAAGCCAAGAAUGGCGUCGGGUGAGACACUGUACAUUGAAACCGACGGCUCGGAGAUGCCGACAGAGAUCGUCGAGCUGCACGAAAUCGAAGUUGAGACCAUCGAGACGACAGUGGUCGGCGGAGACGACGACGAGCACCAGCCGAUGAUCGCGCUGCAGCCGCUGGUCACAGACGAUCCGAUCCACGUUAACCAUCAGGAGGUGAUUUUGGUCCAAACUCGCGAGGAGGUCGUGGGCUGCGAUGAUUCAGACCUCCACGCAGACGACAGCUUCGAGGACCAGAUCCUCAUUCCCGUCCCUGUUCCAGAGGAGGAAUAUAUCGAGCAGACUUUAGUGACCGUGUCUGGCAAGAACCCGUCGGGUAGGAUGAAGAAAGGGGGAGGUAGUGGGAAAAGAGUGGUCAAAAAGAGCUUCCUAAACUCUGCCGAGGCGAGCGGACGCAAAUGGGAGCAGAAGCAAGUGCAGAUCAAAACACUGGAGGGGGAGUUUUCCGUCACUAUGUGGGCAUCGGAUGACAAGAAAGAUGUUGAUCAUGAGACUGAGGUGGAGGAGCAGAUUAUUGGGGAAAACUCUCCUCCUGACUAUUCUGAGUAUAUGACAGGCAAGAAACUGCCCCCUGGAGGCAUACCUGGUAUUGACCUGUCGGACCCCAAACAGCUGGCGGAGUUUGCAAGAAUGAAGCCUAGAAAAAUAAAGGAAGACGACUCUCCAAGGACGAUAGCAUGUCCUCACAAAGGUUGCACAAAAAUGUUUCGGGACAACUCCGCUAUGAGAAAGCACUUGCACACCCAUGGGCCGCGGGUUCAUGUCUGUGCUGAAUGUGGGAAGGCGUUUGUGGAAAGUUCUAAGCUAAAACGGCAUCAGUUGGUUCAUACUGGUGAAAAACCUUUCCAGUGUACAUUUGAGGGAUGUGGAAAGCGCUUUUCAUUGGACUUUAACUUGCGCACACACGUGCGGAUUCACACUGGAGACAGACCUUACGUUUGCCCGUUCGAUGGCUGUAACAAGAAAUUCGCUCAGUCCACCAACCUGAAGUCUCACAUUUUGACACACGCGAAAGCUAAAAACAAUCAGUGAGAUCGCUCGCUGAGGAAAGUUCCCUUAAAGACUCUGUCUGACAGCUUCCUGCUCGAAAACCCACUUUGUAUGUC